UUGGUUUGGGCACUUGCCAUGUGGAUCACAUCUGAUUCCACAUUGCUUCAACAUUAUUUCUUCUUCUUCUUAUUCUUCUUCUUCAGCUGAAUAAUAAAUAAUUAACAAUGUAUUCCUCAAACCCAAAUUCCAACGAGAAAUUCUCAGAUUCCCAAGGCCAAGCAACUGGAAUACCCGUUAUGUCCUCGGACCCUUAUGUCUCAGCUCACAGUUCUCAACCCCCACCACAGCUUCCUCAUCAUCCCCACCCGAAAACUCGUGUCCGUUGGUCCACUGGCCUCUGUGACUGCUUCUCCGAUGUCAAAACCUGUUGCAUAACAUGUUGGUGUCCCUGUGUUACUUUUGGCCAAAUUUCUGAGAUUGUUGAUCAAGGGUCAACAUCUUGUGGACUAAAUGGAGCACUAUAUACAUUGAUUGUUUUGACUGGUUGUGCAUGUAUCUAUUCAUGCUUUUACCGAAUAAAGAUGAGGGAACAAUAUGCACUAGAAGGAGGCCAAUUUCGGGAUUGCUUGCUUCAUUGCUUCUGUGAGCAAUGCGCUCUUUGCCAAGAGCAUCGUGAGCUCCAAAACCGCGGCUACAACAUGACUAUCGGAUGGCAAGGAAACGUGGAGGCAAAAAAUCGAGAAGUGGCCAUGGCUCCAGUGGUGGAAGGAGGCAUGUCCCGUAAAUGAAAUUUCUACUUCAGCUAGUUUUACAAAUUAACUAGCCUUUGCAUAUAUAUAUAUAUAUAUAUAUA